AUGAUCAGCAGAACCAUUGGAUCGUCCUCGACAUUAAGUGUACGUUACGGUGAAUUGGUGGCUAUUCGAGAAGCAUGCCAGCUAGUGGACGCACUGUGGCUAGGUCACGAUAUUCACCCCAAAAAGGUUGUGACCAUCUUCAGCAACAGCCAGUCAGCGCUUCGAGUGCUGGCGAAACCGCGACAACAGAGUGGACAAGCGAUCGUGCGAGACAUCUUAUGGCGGCUUCAGCGGUUCUCUCAGCGAUGGGCAUCACGAAUCCAAUCAAUCAAUCUUCUCUCGGCCCAACAACCCCCAGGCCUCACUGCGUUCGAAGGUCCUGCUGUUGAGCCCUUCUCUCUGCGCUUGUCACGACAGGCCAUACAGGUCGAAAAGACCUUGCUCCCUGGGACGGCCGAGGCAUCUUUGAGAAAGAAAGAGAGUAGGCGCUUUUGA